UUAAUAAAUUAACCAAUGUUGUCUAUGAUGCGAUGGCUGUCAUCGAGUUUUAUUUUAUUAUUUUGGAAGAGAAUAGAAGCUUUCAGUGAUGGAAGAAUAAUGAUAUUUUCGUGAAUCAUGUACAUGUUUUAUAUUACUCCACUAGUUUUAAGAGAAAAAAAUAUAUACCGGUAGUGAAUAUCAAUAAGCGAUGAUAAGUAAAAAGGUACAAUAAGUGACGACGAUGGCGUCUGAUGGAGAAAUUUCAUGUACGAAUGAUCCUAAUUUCGCUGUUAUCUAUUCGUUUUUAAAAGUUUUCGGAAAACUGUAUAGUUUGCAAGUACCUACGAUAUCAAAAUUACAAGAACUAAUAGAGAAUACACAGGAAGUGUUGGAGCCAUUAAAGGAGUUGCAUUUGAGAUUGUUACGUCGAGCACUUAAAACUGUUCAAAGUAAUAGAUGGGAGAAGGGUUUAAUCAAGUUCUGCCACCAGCAGGCCCACCAUCAAGAGGCUUGGGAAAUCGAAAGGUUUUCUUACAAGAAAGCUAGUACUCAAGUUAAAUUGAAAGUAUUGAAAAUUCUCCUGGAAUAUCAGUUUACAUGUCACCCAAAGUUUAAGAAUGCAGUUAACAAUAUAUCCUGCAAGGAUCUUAGGUUGGAUCCAAUAGGGAGAGAUAAGAAUGGGUGUGUGUACUGGCUGCAAGUAGACCAUGAGGCCAAUUUGUGCCUGUACAAAGAAGACCAGGAUGAGGAGACAUGGCAAUUGAUAGCAAGGAAUAGAGAGGAAUUAGUGAAGGUCAUUGCACAAUUAAAGAGCGGCGAGGAGAUAUCUCCUUCUGUUGCACACAUGAACAAUGUAAAUAGUGAAGACUCUAGUGGAAAUGACGUACAGCAAAAGAAUGAGGUAACAAAAAGUGAAAAAGAUGAAGAAGAAAAUGAAGAGGAAUUUUUGAGCCCAGAAUCUGAAUCUGAACAUGAAAGCGACAAUCAAAAUGAAAAACAAAAAGAAUCUAAUAUUAAUAAGGAUUUAAUAGAAGCAGAAAAUAGCACAGAAGAUUUAAAUAGAGAUGGUACAGAAAGUUGUGUAAAUACUAUAAAUAGUGAGGAUAAAGAUGUAGAAUCUAAGGAAAUGGAAAAAGACAUUGAAACUAGUGAAAGUAAACCUGAAAGUGACAAUCCAGAAGAAGACAUAAAUGAAACAAAAUUAGAUGAAAUUACUGAAACCAAAUUACCUUCUCCAAUUGCAGAAAGUGAGGAAAUGAAUGGGUCUACUAAAGAAGACCAAUCACUAGAAAAGGAAGAUCAACAAUUGGAAAAAGAAGAUCGAUCAUUAGAAAAAGAAGAUCAACCGUUGGCAAAAGAAGAGCAAUCAUUGGAAAAAGGAGAACAAUUAUUAGAAAAAGAAGAUCAGCUAAUAGAAAAAGAAGAUUGUCAAAAUGACACUGUCAGUGAAGCUAUUGAAGAGCCUGUGAUGAUUGUAACUGGAGAAGGCUCUGGGGCGGAUUGUGAAAGCUCAUAUUUUUUCGGUGAAGAAAUCAGUGAACCAGUCAUGUUCAUAUAUGGUGAUGGUUGGGGCUACGAAAACGACACGGGUAAUCUUGAGGUUGAUGAAAAACCUCAUGAAGAAGAAAAAGAAAAAUCUGAUGAAGAAAACCCACCCCAAGAGUGCAAUGGUGAACAUAAUGAUGUGUCAGAUUCUAGUAAGAGUAAAAAAGGUGUGAAAUUAAAAUCUGUAAAUAAGAGAACACUAAAAAAGCAGUCGGCAGAUAAUGCAGAAAUACUUAAUUCAGAUUCAAAAAAACAUUGUAUAAGGGAACCAGAAAACACACAAAUGGUUCAGUCGGAAUCAAAUGUAGUAAGUAAUGAUACUGAUAAAAGAGAAAGUAGUGUUAAUGAAAAUAGUGCUGUAGAGGAUAGUGUAAAUAAAACUACAAAAAAGAAGGUCAAAGGGAAAGUGAAAAAGAAACAUGUCUUAAGAAAAGGUGUUAAGCAGAAGGAAAAAUUGAGUUCAGUCUCUGAAAGUGAAAACGUUCGAAAUGGUAAAACAAGUAUUAUUGAGAAGAGGAAGAGCAGUCUUUCAUCAGAUCAAGAUGAAGUCGAAUAUAACACUGAAAAUGAAAAGGAUAAAACCACAGAAGGUGAUCAAAAAGGAGAUGAGCCCUUGCCUUCGAAAAAAAUACGCUUAGAACCCACACCAGACCUAGAUAAUGUAUCACAUUCCAAAGAAACUGAUACUUUAGACAAUAAAAACGAUGUUAGUAAUGAUAAUAUUGAAAAUAAAGAUUUAAAUGUAGAUGAAAAUUAUGAUUCGAUAUCACAUAGGAAAAAAAUUAAAGCUAAAAAAGGUAAAUUGAAGUCUAAAAAGUUCCUUCAGAAAGUGAAAAAUGAUUCUAAUAAAAAUAAUGAUAAGGUUAAUGAUGUUAAGAAAAGGAGUAAGGCGUUAAAGAGAUCGCUAUUAAAUGCGACAUUAAGUGAUAAAAAUAAAUCUGAAUCUCAGAGUGAAAGCGAUGAAGAUGAACCUCUAAAUAGUGGGAAAAGAUUAAAAAUUAAACCUAAGAAAAUAAUAACCUCAACUAGGAAAAAAGUAGAAGCUAAGCUAAUGGCAAAAAGUUCUAGUGAAUCUGAGGAGGAGACUCUCUACAGUUUAGCUGGUAAGAAAACAGUGAAGAAACUGAAAAAGAAAGUCCGCAAUGAUAAGCAGAAGCCGAAAUCUGAUAAGGUCGACGAUGAGUUAACGCCAGUGAGACAGUCGCGACGGAUUGCACAGAUGAAGAUCAAGGAGGAAGCUGACCGGCGCCAUUUGGAAGAGGUCGCUUUGAGGGAGCUCAAAAUGAUACAUAAGAAGAAGAACAAGGACGAGGAGGAGUGGCGGGCGAGCGGCAGCAGCUCGGAGGGGUCGCGCGCGCGCGGGCGGCGGCGCGUGCGCAGGUGGCGCGCCUCCGACUCCACGCCGCCCGAGAACGACACCGACUCGGAGCCGCUGUUCGAGCACGAGGAGCCCGACCUGGAAUUUAACAAGUCGGAUCAUGAAUUCUCGCCUGAAUCUGAUCUAGAAACAGAUGGUACGGAUGAACCAGUUCGACAAGCCAGGACCUUAGAAGAAGGCGCAUCGGACGGGUUCUGCGCGCGGUGCGGCAGCGGGGAGCAGCCGCAGUGGAUCCUGCUGUGCGACGCGUGCGACGCGGGCUACCACGCCAGCUGCCUCAAGCCGCUGCUGCUGCGCGUGCCCAGCGGCCGCUGGUACUGCCCGCCCUGCGAGCACAAUCUACUUAUAGCUUCACUAGAAAAGGAAUUAGUGCAAUAUGACGAACUUUUGGCCACUGUGGAGGCGGAAAGAGAAAGAAAGCUGCGAGAAGAGCCAGAGAAGAAAGAAGAAGAAGAGAAGGUUGCUUCGGAAGAGAAAAAAGAACAGUCUGAGGAGAACUCCGAUGACGAUUCUGACGGCAGCAGCAGCUGGUCGUCGUCGUCGGGCGCGGUGUACCGGCUGCGCGCGCGCCGCCAGCUGCCCGUCUCGUACCGCGCGCAGGAGUACGACCGCCUCAUCUCCUCCGCUAUCAAGGAGGAGUAUGUUGAGCCAACUACAAGCGCAGGCAACCAGGGUAGAGGAAAGGAUAUCUCCACUAUCAUCGAGGCAGCUGAAGAGGAAAAACUCAAGGCGGAGAGGGAAGCCAUAGAACAGGGCAAGCCGGUGGAAUCUAAGAAAGUGAAACGCAAGCAACGCCGCAAGGCGCGUAAGCUCAACUCGCUCGACGUUCCGUCUGAAGAUGAUGAUGAAACCGACGAAGAUUUUAAAGAUACUGGCAUGGACUCGUCAUCAUCCGACUUAUCAUCCAGCGGCGACCGCGACAGUUCGAGUUCCGGCGACUCGUCGCCGUGCGUGCGCGCGCGCCGCCCGCACCGCCCCGACCACCGCGAUAGGAAAAAAUUAGUUGAAUCUUCACCAGAAGUGAAGAAGAAAAAGAAAGGGGUUUUCGAGGACAGCUCCAGCGAGUCGGCCGGCGCUAAGGAGUGGUCGAAAAAGUCCGAGGAGCACAAGCCGAAGAAGCAGUCGAAGCGGGCGCGUCACGGGCGGCACGGGCGGCACGCGCGGCACGAGCGGCACGGGCGGCACGAGCGGCGCGCGCGCAGCCGCCUGGCGCAGUACGACGCGGCCGGCAACGUGGUGCGCGCGCGCGUCACCUACGGCGGCCUCAGCGACCGCGCCGACAACGACUGGUCGCCCAAGCACCGCACAAGGCAGAAGAAGAUCGACUACACGGAGAUGCCCAACACCGAGUCGGAGGACGAGAUGCACAAGUCCAGCGGCAAGCACAUGCCGGACAGCUCGGACGAGUUCAAGCUGGACGACUCGGAGCUCAGCUCGCCCGCCUCCCCGCGCUCCCCCGCGUCCCCCCGCUCCCCGCGCUCCCCCGCGUCCCCGCGCUCCCCCGCGUCCCCCCGCUCCCCCGGGUCGAGCGCGGAGCGGCGGCGCGCCAUAUCGGAGCUGAUACGCAAGACGGCGGUGGUGCCGCUGGAGAAGCUGCCCGAUGACGUCACGCGGGCCAAGACGGAGGCGCUGCAGGCGCAUCUUGAUGCGCAGGCGGCGCUGGCGGCGGGCAAGUCGGCGCGCGGCCGCGGCGGUCGCGGCGGCAGGGGCAGCAGGGGCCGCGGGCGCGGGCGCGGCGCGGGCGGGCGCGCCGCCUCGCCGCGCGCCGACGACGCGCUCGCCAAGCUCGUCGGCGUCAAGAUCAAAGAUUUACGACCAGAUACUACACCCCUACGACCAAAUCAGUUGGAACGCGAGAAGAAAAGACAAGAGCGCGAAGCGAAACAAGCGGAAAAGGAAGCGAGAAGAAUGGAGAGACUACAGAAGAAGGAAGAAAAAGAAAAACUGAAAGAGCAGAAGGCAAAGGAGAGAGAAGAGAAGAGAUUGGCGAAGCUCGCCUUGCAGGAGAGCAAGCGGAUGAAGCGGGAGAAACCAGAAUUUAGGGAUGGUUAUCCGGGGGUUCCUGAGCCAUAUGGUAAUAGACCGGAAGGGUUUCCAGGGGUUAGACACCCCAACCCAUUCCCGGGGGGGAGACCCCCAGAAUUUGAUAGGUUUCCGCACGGACAGCCUCCUAGACUACAGGUGCGUCCCGAACUACGCGGCGUAGUUGGCGAGAGGAGAGCGGACCAGCUCGGCCUGAGGGAAGGCACGCUGUCGGUGGCGGGCUCGCCGCAGCCCUUCGCGCCACUGCCCGAGGAGCCCAGCGUCAUCACGCGCAUGCCGCACAUGCUCAACCACUAUCGGGGUCAGAUGAUGUAUCCACCGGGAGGUUCAGGUUACGGGCCACGCGGCCAAGGCGUCAUGUACCAGCUGCACCCGGGCCUCGGGCCCCAGGGUCGGCCCUCGUACCCGCAGUAUUACUACCCACGGGGUCCACCCGUUUCUUCUGCACACGGGCCUCACGGGCCCCCGGGACCUUCUGCCACGCCGCCACACGGCCCGCCCGUUACGUCUCCACACGGACCUAAUCCAUCUCCGCACGGACCUAAUCCAUCCCCACACGGGCCGAUUCCAUCUCCACACGGUCCUAUCUCAUCUCCUCAUGGCCCUAUUCCAUCCCCACACGGCCCUCUACCAUCCCCACAUGGGCCUAUACCUUCCCCACAUGGACCAAUUCAAUCUCCGCACGGUCCCAUCCCAUCACCGCACGGCCCACCGGUAUCCUCUCCACACCAUCCUACUUACCGUCCCGGCCCGUUUCCUCUCCGCCCAGUAGGUAGACCAGAUUCACACGGUCACUCUGUACCCUUCCCACACGGUAUGUCACCAGGGCCUAGUAUGCCACAUGGCCCUAACGUUCCCCACGGGCCGAGUCAGGGGCCAGUAAAUAUGCAACAUGGUCCUCCAGUUUCGUCUCCCCACGGCCCGGCCGGUGUGCCCCACGGCCCCACAAUGCCGCACGUUCACCCCGCGUCCUCGCCUCACGGCCCGCUACAGAUGCCACGUGGACCGUCCCCUGGCCUAAUACAGGGCGCGAGACCGCCUGGGCCCAUUCCCAACCCCACAAUACCCCGUCCCUCUGAAGGAACAGUCUCUCCCAGCCGCCAAAACUCCCCUGACAAUUUACCCAUUAAGAUCAAAGCUGAGGUAAAAACGGAGCCAGAGUACCAGUCCCCGCCUGGCUCACCUUCGCAGCGACCAAUCUCGCCUGAGCUUCCGCGCAAUAGAAUUAAACACACAGAAAACAAGGAUGGGCGUCGGCCGCUUGGUCCCUACGCUCCUCAAUAUGGGCCGUACGGUCCCUACGCCCCACCUACCUCGGCUCCGGACAACCUUCAGGCGCGGCUCCAACACCCACUCCGCAUGCCCAGCUUAUAA